AUAAUUGUUUUGUAUAUCGAAAUAGUAGUUUAAUAUAAAUAAAUAUAAAUCAAAUAAUAACUGCUAUAAUAACACCCCAAUUAAUUUUAAUUUUAAUUUAAUUUUAUUUUAUUUUAUUUUUUUAAUUUUUUUAAUAAACUCAUUAAACAAAUAUAUUUUUCUUUUUCUAAAUAAAAACAAUAUUAUAAAAUGAAUGAUUUAAGAUUAGAAAUUGCAGCACCCUAUUUAUUAAUAGUUUUAGAAUAUUUUGAAAAAAAAUGCACAAAUCAAGUGGAUAUUUUUAAUACACAAGGCAAUCAAGCAAAAAUUAGUGUUUUAAUAAAUAAAAUUCGUAAUUUUACAUUACUUAAACAAUUCCAACAAGAAAUUGAAAGCGGAUUUUAUUCACAGUAUGACUUGGCAUGGGGGAUCCACUCAAUUUUGUGUCAGCUUAGCCACCCUUUAAUUUUAGAAAAUUAUAACGAGGCCUAUAUAGUUAAUACAUAUUAUGAGGAUAUCGAAAAAAUAAAAACUUGCAUUUUAGAAUUACCAGAAGUAAAUAUACAAAUAGUAUUAAAAUUAUUUUCAGUAUUCAAAAAACUUUGCACCCAAGAAUUACAUAAAUCAUUUAUUAUUUUAUCACCCGAAGUUUUAGGUGAAAUGUUUUCAAAUGUAUUAAUGAGAUUCAAAAAGGAAAGAGACGAGGUACAACAAUUUGGAAAUAAAAUAUUUGCAACUAAUGUAAUUUCUUGUUUAAUUAUAAACUAUAAUGAAAUUUUUGAUUCAACAAUAAUGGAAUUUGAACAUAAAGAACAAAUUCAAAUUUUAUUUAUUAAUAGCGCUUAA